AUGGUUGGGGAAAAGCAAACUUCAGUCGGAGGUUCUGUGAGCGCCGCUGUAUCAAACUUAUCCAGCGCGCUUCGUCAGGUAAACUUGGGAAAUAGCAACACAACCACAGACCAGAGCAACAUAAACAUCGAUUUCCAUAAUCGUAUGAACCGGCAGCAGCUGAUGGGCGAGGCGCAAAGGAACAACCUGAACGCUCAGCAGGCCGAAGAACUACUGCGUCAACAGGAGGCGCACCAGCAGCAGCAGCUACAACAGGCCCAGCAGCAGCAGCAACAACAGCAACAGUACGUCGGACCUGCCCAAAUUGACAGCUCCAGGAUAAGCAAGUUUUUUCAGAAUCAACCUGAAGAAGGAUACACAAUCUUCUCCCACAGGUCUGCGCCCAACGGUUUCAAGGUUUCCAUUGUUCUCAGUGAGCUGAACCUUCAGUACAAUACAAUCUUUUUGGACUUCAAUAUUGGCGAGCACCGCGCGCCCGACUUCGUGGCUAUUAACCCUAAUGCGCGCGUUCCUGCGUUGAUUGACCACAGCAUGGACAACCUGGCGAUAUGGGAAUCUGGCGCUAUUAUACUGCACCUUGUGAACAGAUACUAUCGUGAGACCGGCGAGCCUCUUCUGUGGUCUGAGAACAUGGGUGAGCAGGCACAUAUAACCGCGUGGCUAUUCUUCCAGACCUCCGGCCACGCCCCAAUGAUAGGGCAGGCUCUUCACUUUAGAUACUUCCACUCACAAAAGAUCCAAAGCGCUGUUGACAGAUACACUGACGAAGUAAGGAGGGUUUACGGUGUUGUGGAGAUGGCCCUAGCGGAACGGAGGGAAGCUUUGAUCAUGGAGCUUGACACAGAAAAUGCUGCGGCAUACUCAGCCGGCACAACCCCGCUCUCUAGAAGUCGAUUCUUUGACUACCCCGUGUGGCUUGUGGGAGACAAGAUUACCGUGGCGGACCUCUCCUUCGUGCCUUGGAACAACGUUGUGGACAGAAUUGGCAUAAACAUAAAGCUUGAAUUUCCAGAGGUCUACAAGUGGACAAAGCAUAUGAUGAGGAGGCCUGCAGUGAUCAAGGCGCUCCGUGGUGAGUAG